GAGCUAGCCGUCUAGAUAUCUUCAGUCAACGGUGGUGGGCCUUGAAAUCGCAGGAAGAGGACAGUCAGGCAUGGUCAGGCAAUUGCGAAACAGUUGAGACGUCGGUGGCGCGAAAGUCUAGUAUUGGUAAACAAACUGGUAAAGGAAACAUGGAAACUGACAAAAGCAGGCAGGAGGAUGAGAUCGCGUCACUCGCUGAGAUCUACGAAGCAGAGGAGUUUUUUCGCAUCAAAAAAGAGGAUUCUGGUAGUGCAAUAGAGUGCAGGCUAAGCGGGCUCUUCAGUCUGCCAGAGAAACUACUGAAAGUUAAAUACUUGAAUCUUAAUGUGCAGGGCAAGUGUCCGUCGUUGCCCUACUUGAAAUUUUUUGUACGAUACCUGCCACCUGCAAAUUUGUUUGUUACUUUCCCCCCCAAUUAUCCCUCGGAAAAUCCGCCAAGUUUUAAACUCUCUGUCUCUUGGCUACCCGUCUGGGAAACUUCACGCGUUUGUCAGAAGCUCGAUGAGCUGUGGUUAGCGAAUAAGGGAAAUGAAAUUCUCUUUAUAUGGAUGAAUUUUUUGAAGUUUGAGCUCCUCAGCUUUUUGGAUAUUAGAUAUUAUCUUGACGUAUCUUUGAUAUUUACAGCUUUUGAGGAGCCUAAACAGUACUUGAACUCUGAUUUGCUUAGACUAUCUGAUCCCAGAGCGUUUAAUGAUCACAUUUUUAUGAACCCUAAAACGUAUCUGAUAAAGUAUGACGGUUGUCGUCAUCGCAUUCACUUUCACAGCAGUUUUUACACAUGCAAAAUUUGCUUCAGUGAAAUUUCCGGUCGACAUUGUUCAGAAAUAACGAAAUGCGGUCAUAUUUAUUGUAAAGAUUGCAUGAGGCAAUAUAUCAGCUUAAGAAUAAGUGAGGGAAAAGUUAACAGCAUCUGUUGUCCUGAACACAAAUGCAACACAGAAGUAAUGCCUGAUCUAGUUAAGGAACUUGUCUCUCCUGAGAUUUACGAGAGAUACGAACGCCUGCUCCUAAAAGUAACCCUGGACUCGAUGAGCGACAUCAUUUACUGCCCACGUUCAAGCUGUCAGUAUCCAGUCACUAGAGAUGGAGAGGACACUCUGGCCACUUGUGCAAAUUGUUUUUAUAAUUUUUGCGCUUUUUGCCGUAAGGUGUAUCACGGUGUUGCUCCUUGCGCAAUGAAUUCUCAGGAACAACAGAAACUCAUCGUCGAGUAUCAGACUGCCAAUCAUGCAGAGAAAAAGCUGCUGGAAAAAAAAUAUGGACGCAGACAGCUACAAAUUGUUGUAGAAAACCAUCUCACUAAUUCCUACUUGAUGGAAAAUACUAAACCAUGCCCAAAUUGUUUGGCGCGAAUCACUAAGACUGAGGGAUGUAAUAAGAUGACUUGUGGUCAUUGUCAAGCCCAUUUCUGCUGGCUUUGCGGAACGCAUUUAAGCGGACCAGAUCCUUACGAACACUUUCACGAUGCGGUAGGCGGUACUUGUUUCCUACGGUUGUUUGAAGGUGUGGAGAUACCACAAAUUAUAUUUGAGAAUGACUUUGAGUAAGAGGAGUAAUUAGAAGAAUUUCCUGUUUAAUAAUUUCCCCAAAUUGCUGAAGAGUCCGAGAUAAGCUGUAAAGAGCAUUCAUCGGAAGCUUUUGGAUGAAUUAUACUAAUAUCAGAAAAUUAUCAGGUCAAGAGAAUAUGUGUCUUUUAGUUAUUUCUUUGUUUGUUUUUUUUUUUUAAUUUUUUGUUCAUCAUAGGUUUACAGAAAAUAAUUGCUCAAUUUUUAUUCAAUAAUUUGGAAAUUAAGAAUUGUAUUGUGUGUUGUAUUAUACAUCUCAGAGUUUUCUCCAGAAAUUUCUGGGAUCUGAUUAUCAUUGAGGGUAGAACCCGAAUCCAAAUAAAUUUAAUAGUUUAAUAAUUACAGCCCAAUCAAAGGUUUAGCUAUAUAUGCUUUGCCGAAAGCAUAAUGAAUUCUGUAAUGUACUCUAGAACUAAAUUUUUCUACUAUUAAUAUAUUAGUUAUCGUGCGUAGUGCGUAAUGACAAUAACUUUGUUUCAUAAUUGUCACACAUUUCAGGGAUUUUGUAGUAUAUGUUGUAUUUUAUAUUUUUAUACAUUGCCUAAUAAUAAGCGAGCAUAUUUCAGGGAUCUCAUAUUUGUACCUAAAAUUUGUACUUUGUACUUUUAUGUGUCGUCUAAGAAUAAAUGA